AUGUUUAUCUUGUUACUGAAAGAUGGACUGACUGUGUGUGACCUCUUUUCAGAUGUUAAAACACUAGUGGAAAGAUGUCCUUUUCUCACCCAUUUAGAUCUAAGUGACAGUGUGAUGUUAAAACCUGAGUGCUUCCAGUAUUUUCAUCAACUCAUCUUCCUACAACAUUUGUGUCUUAGCCGAUGUUAUCAGAUAUCACUUGCUGCCUUAGUAGAACUUGGUGAAAUUCCAACGUUAAAGACUCUUCAGGUAUUUGGAAUAGUGACAGAUAGCUCCCUACGGUUCCUCAGGGAAUCGCUUCCUAACAUGAAGAUCAAUUGUUCACACUUCACAAGUAUCGCAAGGCCAACUGUUGGCAAUAAAAAGAAUCGUGAGAUUUGGGGCAUCAAAUGCAGACUGACACUGUGA